UAUAUGUUGCAGAAAAUGGUAGCGGUGUCGUUAUAUGUCACUGGACGACUUCCGUCAAUGUAUGAUGACCCCUUGACCUUUCGACCCGAACGCUGGCUGAGAGAAAGCAGAAAGGACGGCGAGAAACCUUUGGCAUUCUCACAUCUCCCGUUUGGCUUCGGACCAAGAAUGUGCAUUGGUCGACGAGUCGCGGAACUGGAAAUGCAGCUCCUGAUAUCUCAGAUGUUACAGAGAUUUGAUCUGGAGCCGUGCGACCAGCCUCCUCCGGACCUUCUUCAGUUGGUACUGACCCGACCAAAAGAUCCUGUCAAGGUGAAGCUUGUGGAUAGACAACCUGCUACAACCUAAUGACGGAGUCACAUACCUCACAGAGAAGCAAAACGAAUGCGGUCUAAUUAGAUAAGAAUAUGAUCUUAUGACCGGAAGGUUCAUCAACCAACAAUGUGACCAGGUGCCCAUGUAUCCAUGACAAAUAUUUGGAUUCACGAAAUGGCAUGUUGAACUCUGAUAAUCUGAAUAAUCACCUAUUUGAUCAUAAGAUAAAUAUGCGAUCUCGUCAACUCGGGCAUCGCCUUUGGGUUACCAAUCAGAUAUGAGGAGCCAAAGGCUCAGACUGACGCUUUGUCUCUGAAUAUAUAUAAUUUUGAUAAAAACAAACAAUUCCUUUGAAAUUGAAAAGGAGCCGAAGUGAGAAAGGAGAUUCAGAACCUUAAGCUGAGGAAAUCUAGACUUGUUCAUUUAGGGUUAUAGCACUGUAGAAAAGGCUAUCAGAAGGGGAAAUAAUACGGUUCAGGACGGAGACAGACUACCGAAGUCGCAGUACCUAAAACUUCGAUUCCUCGAAUUGCCUUAACGAGAGAGAGAGUCCAUAUUUAUUCACGCGUUUGGUUAUAAAAGAAGCAUAUGCAAUUAAAAAAGAAAUGGAUGACAAUUCUAACACAAGUCAAGCGGCAACGACCGCUCUCAAGUGCAUCUAUAGAGAAUACUACACGAGGGCUCAUUACAUACGAAAUAUACGAAACGAAUGUCCUUCCUAUUGUAUCUGACAGAGCGAAAGCGAGGUGGGAUAUCAUAGGAAGGUCACGAGUUUCGUAUAAUUCGUAUGUAAUGAGACCAAGGGCGGUAUUUUAUUUAUUACCCACGUCUUACAUGUAUUAAAUUGUCAAAAUAG